AGCAUAUUCACCGAUCCAAUUCUCUACCAAAUUCUUUCUUUUCUCCAAAUAAAUAAAUAAAUAAAUAAUCUAUUAUGCUCACUAGACUCUUCUUCAUUUCUCCAUCCUCAUCAUUUCGCUCCUCCUAUUGUUUUUUCAAUAAAUCCAUCAAAUUGCCCUUUUUUAGUCGACCAAUUAGUGUGUUUUCCAUGGCUGAAGGACAACAGUCAUCAUCCAAGACAUAUAAAUAUACGAAUCGUCUUGCCUCUGAACAUAGUCCUUACCUUCUCCAGCAUGCUCAUAAUCCGGUUGAUUGGUAUCCAUGGGGUGAGGAAGCGUUUGCUGAAGCUCGCAAAAGAGAUGUCCCAAUCUUUUUAUCAAUUGGUUACAGUACGUGUCAUUGGUGUCAUGUUAUGGAAGUUGAAUCUUUUGAAGAUGAAGAAGUUGCCAAAUUGCUAAAUGAUUGGUUUGUUAGCAUCAAGGUUGACAGAGAGGAGCGUCCAGAUGUUGAUACGGUGUACAUGACAUAUGUGCAAGCUUUAUAUGGUGGAGGCGGUUGGCCACUAAGUGCCUUCCUUUCACCUGAUUUGAAGCCGUUGAUGGGUGGGACUUAUUUUCCUCCAGAAGACAAAUAUGGAAGGCCGGGAUUUAAAACUAUACUUAGGAAAGUGAAGGAAGCAUGGAACAGCAAGAGAGAUAUGCUUGUCCAGAGUGGGGCCUUUGCAAUAGAACAAUUAUCAGAAGCCUUGGCAGCAACUUCAACGUUAAAUAAGCUCUCAGAUGAGAUUCUGCAAACUGCACUGCAUAAAUGUGCUGAUCAUCUAGCAGAAACCUAUGAUUCAGAAUAUGGUGGUUUUGGCUCUGCACCCAAAUUUCCUAGGCCAGUUGAGAUGCAGCUGAUGCUUUACAACUCAAAGAGAUCUAGGGAGACUGGAAAAACAAGUGAAGCCAAGAAUGCUCUAAAAAUGGUCUUGUUCACUUUAGAAUGUAUGGCGAGGGGUGGUAUCCAUGAUCAUGUUGGCGGUGGUUUUCACAGAUACAGUGUGGAUGAAUGCUGGCAUGUUCCACAUUUUGAGAAAAUGUUAUAUGAUCAAGGUCAACUUGUUAAUGUCUAUCUGGAUGCUUUUUGUAUCACAAAGGAUGUCUUUUAUUCAAGUUUGUCUCGUGAUAUACUUGACUACCUGAGAAGGGAUAUGAUUGGACCAAGUGGUGAAAUAUUUUCAGCAGAAGAUGCUGAUAGUUAUGAAUCUGAAGGUGCCUCACGGAAAAAGGAGGGUGCUUUCUAUGUCUGGACUAGUACUGAGGUUGACAACAUAGUGGGCGAGCAUGCAACGCUUGUCAAGGAUCACUACUAUAUAAAACCCUCAGGUAAUUGUGAUCUUUCAAGUAGGAGUGAUCCACAUAAUGAAUUCGAGGACAAAAACGUGCUGAUAGAAAGAAGUAGUACCUCUGCAAUGGCAUCAAAACAUGCUUUGCCUAUUGAGGAGUAUCUUGAUAUCCUGGGGAACGCUCGACGAGAACUUUUUGAUGCGAGGUCGAAACGUCCCCGACCACAUCUGGAUGAUAAGGUUAUUGUAUCGUGGAACGGACUAGUGAUUUCAUCUCUCGCGAGGGCGUCAAAAAUCCUGAAGGGAGAACCAGUGGGAACAAGAUUCUACUUUCCAGUGGCUGGCACCAAUCCCAAGGAGUACAUGGAUGUCGCUGAGAAAGCUGCAUAUUUUAUUAGGAAGCACCUUUAUAAUGAACAGAUGCGCAGGCUGCAGCAUAGCUUCAGGAAUGGUCCCUCCAAAGCACCUGGGUUUCUAGAUGAUUAUGCAUUUUUAAUAGCAGGUCUACUGGAUCUUUACGAGUUCGGUGGUUCAGUUUUCUGGUUGGGCUGGGCACUUGAACUUCAGGAGACCCAGGACGAGUUAUUUCUCGACAAAACCGGAGGAGGUUACUUUAGCACAACUGGGGAAGAUCCUUCUGUUCUUCUACGUGUGAAAGAAGAUCAUGAUGGGGCUGAGCCUUCGGGAAAUUCUGUUUCAGUGAUUAAUCUAGUGAGAUUAGCCUCUAUGGUUGCUGGUGACAAAUCCAAACUUCACAGAGAGACCGCAGAACAUGUUCUGGCGGUUUUCGAGAAGAGAUUGAAGGAUACAGCUGUUGCUGUGCCGCUGAUGUGCUGUGCAGCAGAUAUGGUGGCUUUUCCAUCCAGAAAGCAAGUAGUUCUGGUCGGAGUGAAGUCCUCUGAGGAGUUCGAAAACAUGGUUGCUGCUGCUCAUGCAGCAUAUGAUCCUAACAAGACAGUUAUUCACAUUGAUCCUUACGAUGUGGAAGAGGUGGGAUUUUGGGAAGAAACUAACGGAAAUAUUGCUCUGAUGGCGAAAAACAAUGCUGCUGCCGACAAAGUGAUAGCCCUUGUUUGCCAAAACUUCACAUGUAGUCCUCCAGUCUGUGACCCGAAAGCUCUUGAAUCGUUGCUCUCGCAGUAAAAUGGUAGUAGUAGUUCAAAGAGUGUAUAAAGUGGCAAAAAUCUGGAGAGACAGGUCGGUUGUUGUGUAUAUAUAUGUGUUGCAAUAAGGUUCUGCUGUAUUGAUUAUGUGUUGUUGUGGAUCAACUGAUCGAGUUCAUUAGUUCAAAGGAGGAAUGUAGAUAAAAGCUAGACAUUAAAGUUGGUUUAAUGAAUGUUUAUGUAAAGUCAAUCCUGGUGUUGGAGAACUUUAUUAUCCAUUGUUUCAUAUUACUUGGCUCACGUGGACUUGGAAUAACUCUUAACAAGUUCUACUUAUUAUGGAGUAUAUUUUAUUAAAUUAA